GGGGCUCUGACCCCAAAUGAUGGGUCUGGGACCCCGCCCUGAAAGAUUUGGAGUGCAGGAAGGCGGUGGAGAGCUGCCCCGAGGUCUCCGGGAUGGCGGUGUACGUCGCGCAGGAUUGCACCGUGUACAAAGAGGACAUCACGGCGCUGCUGGAAGGGGACGCUGAGGCGGCCGUCAUCGUGUUGGUGCCCGUCCGCCUGGGAGGGGAACGGCUCAACCCUGUCUACGUGGAGGGCAUGAAGGUGGGGGCGGGGGGCUGCGCUGCGUCCCCAUGGGGGUGUUUUCCAUCCCAGAGGGACACGGAGGGACAAAUAGGGCCGUUCUCCAUCCCUGGGCCGUGGGGAGGGGUGGGAGGUGGACGAUCUCCAUGUUGAGGUUCUACGGACGCCAGCACCCUUGGAGAGGAUGAGGGGGAACGAAUGAGGACCGUUUUCCAUCCCUGGGCCAAAGGGAAGGACGGGAUGGGGACAACCAGCCCCAAAGCUCUGUGGGAGCCACCGCCACGCUGUCCUCCGUGCCGGAGGGGACAAAGAGGGACAAACUGGGGCCAUCUUCCGUCCCUGAGCCACGGGGAGGGGCGGCAGGGGACAACCUCCAUCCUUCAGGUUGUGCGAAGGCCACAGAGGGGACAGGGAGGGACAGAUGGGGCCAUCCUUCAACCCUGGGCCGUGGGGAGGGAUGGGAUGGGGACCAGCUCUGUCCCCAAGGUGCAAUGGAGGCCAUCACAGAGA